CGCUUGUCGCGCGUCGGAGACGUCAUCGGGAAGCGCGGUUGCCUGGGCAGCCAAAGCCGAAGAAGAUGACGGAGAGCGAGGAAGAGCAGCAGGAGCUAGUGCAGAGGAGGAGGAGGAGGGUGGUGACGCUGCAGGCUCAUGUCAGGGGUUAUCUGGUCAGGAAGAGAUUUCAAAGCUUAAAGGGGGAAUAUGAGAGCAUCGUCAAGGAGAUUGAAGGGGAUCUGGAUCGGCUGAAGUGGAACAGGCAUUCCAUGCCAGUGCCAGUGCUUCUUCCAAAGUCUGUCCAGAAACCAAUAAAAGCCAAGGAAUUAAGUGUCCAAGAGCCAGGAGCCAACAAGAACAAGUUGCAUGAAAAGGAGGAAGCGCUUUCUUGUCAAGAACUACUCCCCGAAAAAGACCCUAAUUGCAAGAUGCAACUUCCAAGCAGCCUUCCAGCUGAGGUGGUGGCAGAAACUGAGGCUGAGGAGGAGCAUCUUAUGGGCGGCUCCCCUGGGAAUACCUGCAGCCUGCCACAAGAGAGUGAGGAAGGCAAGCACCACAACAGCAUGUCGUCCGAAUGGAGCAGCAUGAUCCUUGACACGGAGUCUCCAAGGUUGAGCCAAGAGCUUCAUUUCCAAAAAGUACCAGAGAUGCCCCAAGCUGUGCCUGACCUCCAGCGCUACCGAAAGCACCUGGCCAUGGAGCUGCUGUGGCUGCAGCAAGCAAUUGCCAGCCGUAAGAAUUAUUUGAUCCUGAAACAGAAGUUGGGGAGCCCAGAGUGACUGCCAACUUGGAGGUCUCCAGCCUAUCUUCCCAGUCACACAGAAACAGGCGUAGCUGCUCUUACCAGUCAUCAGGGGGAAGAAAGCAUUGGGGGAGCAGCUCCCACCAUGACUGCAGGGAAGGGCUUGUGGUUCCCUGGAGCUGGCUGUUCUGCAUGGUCCCAGCAUUCAUGCUUGUGAAAGCAAGUGAAGAUUCUCUUCUGAUUUUUCAUGUCACAGUCUUGCCUGUUGUGGGUGUAUCUCUUAGAGCAGGGUUCAUUGUGGAAGGGGGCUGAUGGGCUUUAUGGGGGUCGGAAGACAUUGUUCCAGUGCAAGUCAGACUGGUAAUUCCUGUCUUAACAUAAUCAUUUUUCUCAAUUCUUGUUCAGACCAUAACCAUUUUUGCUUUCAAUUUGAUAAUGCCCCUGGGUCUCUUUCCUUCUCAGUGAGACAGCUGGAAGAGGUGAGCCAGGCAAUCUCUCUCCAGUUUCCCAUUGUAUAGUAUAUAUAAAAGAAGGUUUUAAAGUACAGGGUUGUUUUCUUCUUCUCCCAGACCUUGUUAAUAUUCCUUCAAGAAUGCAACUUUCUUUCCGUCAUUGAAUCCCUAGUUCUCAUCCAACAUUUUUGACCCACUCCUUUGACACAAGGAUGAGGAGCGUUUGUUAGUGAGGGCUGAUUUUACCUUCAUUUUUGUGCUACUUAAGUUUGCAUACAGUAUUUUAUUGCCACAUUUUCACAUAAGGAGCCAUUUUUGUGAAACCUCCCUAUAUGGAAAAAUUACACAGUAGUCACAUGAGAGAAAUUGCACCUUUACAGUCCUCCGCUAUGAUAACGUUUUACACAAACUAUUUAUUCCUUGAGUGAUACUAAGGCAUUGAUAUCGCCACAUGCAAACCACCACACUCUGUGGAAUAAAGGUGAAAU